CGGGCGCGGCCACGUGACCCGGGGGCCCCGCCGCCCGCCUUAUAAGCGGCGCGGCGCGCGGACCGCCGCGGGCCCGACUUCUGGUGGUCUGGGCCGGUACACUCCUCCGCAUCCCUCCUCCUUCGGCGAGCCCGCAGGCGGGCGCCCCUCGGCCAGGAAAGCCUGCAGGCGGGUGGCUCAUGCCCAGACUGGACGACCACCUCUGGAGAGGUCCCUGUGCCAAGGGCACGAAGCACAGAAGCCACCCGAGGGCCAGCGCCAGAGGGCUGGUGGCCAAAGCGGGAGAGAUGAUCAACUCCUCGGGGUCAGGUCCCUCUCUGCUGGCAGCCCAUGGCGCCCUGGGCACUGAUGCCGCUCACGGGCCUCAGAGCGCUGGUGUGGGGGACCAGGGCAGCAGCGGCCACGUCAACAGCUGGCAUCACCACUUGGUGCAGAGGAGCCUGGUGCUGUUCUCAGUGGGGGUGGUCCUGGCCUUGGUGCUCAACCUCCUGCAGGUCCAGAGGAACGUCACCCUGUUCCCGGAUGAGGUCAUCGCCACCAUCUUCUCCUCUGCCUGGUGGGUUCCUCCGUGCUGCGGGACAGCAGCGGCUGUGGUCGGCCUGCUGUACCCCUGCAUCGACAGUCACCUUGGAGAGCCGCACAAGUUCAAGCGGGAGUGGGCCAGCGUGAUGCGCUGCGUGGCCGUCUUCGUUGGCAUCAACCACGCUAGUGCUAAACUGGAUUUUGCCAAUAACGUUCAGCUCUCCUUGACAUUGGCAGCGCUGUCUCUGGGCCUCUGGUGGACAUUUGACCGUUCAAGAAGUGGCCUGGGGCUGGGCAUCACCAUCGCCUUCCUCGCCACCCUGAUCACGCAGCUGCUGGUGUACAACGGAGUCUAUCAGUACACGUCCCCAGACUUCCUGUACAUCCGCUCCUGGCUGCCCUGCAUCUUCUUCUCGGGAGGCGUGACCGUGGGAAACAUAGGACGACAGCUGGCCAUGGGUGUCCCCGAAAAGCCACACAGUGAUUGAAUCCUCAGACCCACGGAUCCUGAAGAGUGGCAAGGUUUGGGAAGAAAGUCCGUGAUACUGGGUAGUGACGCAGACGAUCUCUUUUCCUCAGUAAUCUCUUCAGAGGGGGCUGAGUGCGCCAGUGACUCCUGGAAAGCACGUCACCUGUUUCAGAGCAGCCGAGCCACUGGCGUUGGGACAGCACCUUGUGGGACGGUGGGACGGGGUCCCGGCCCGCGACCCCCGGGGGGCACCACGAGCAGGCCGGCCGGGCACCGGGCCCCGAGGACUCAGUUUCCCGUGUUAUUAAAUGCCAGGUUGCCAUAUUUGCUAGCCUCGAACUACAGCCUGACUGCCAGCUCUGGUUCCGUGUCAGCGCCCCGGGGACGGCUUGGUGGUGCUUACAAAGAUGAAGUGUGGUGAGAUAGGAAUAUCACUCAUCCAAAAGAUUUUAAAAAUAGGGCUGUGUUGUGAAAAAAGAGAAGGCAGGGGUGGCAGCAAGUGCAGGGCGGCCGUGCCGGGCAGGCGGGCACGGCGUGCCCUCGGUGCCCGUGUAGGGCGCUGCGCAGACAAUCCUGCAGAGGAGGCAGUGAGUGGGAGGUCGUGGCUCUGCGCUGCGAUGGGUUGGACUUUCCACCCCGGUGUUCACAGAGAUUGCCUGGAAUCCGCGCCAUCUCGAAUGGGGCGCCCGUCGGCCACACGUCUCCGUCUUGGCCCAAACCUUGCGUUUUCUUUGAUACUCGGGAAGAAGAGACGGCUUUUUCCCCACAGCCCUAUGGGAUCUGCAAUCUGUGAUUGCCUUGUAAAAAGAAGAGUGCGCACGUCACUGCAUCACACAUUCGGUGUCUCUAAACCCUCAAAGGACGCGGUGAGCACAGCGUACUCCCUCAACGGCACAGCCCACGUUGGGCCCGGUGUGCAGGUCCUGGGCCUUCGACUUCAAGUGCAAUGUAUAGGAAAACCAAUCUGAGCCUUGUAUUCUCUUUAAAUAUUUAUUAUUAUUUUUUUAAACGUAUGAGAUGUUAAAGAGGGUUCUCCAUUUCAGUGCUGCAUGGAGGCAAAAUUCAGCAAUAAUUUCUUUUCAGUUGUGAAGUUACUUUGUUGUGCCCUCCCGCUGAGCCCCGGUCCUUUGAAAUACUCCCAGUUUUGGGGGUUUAGUAAACUUGUAAUUUUUACUUACAAAUUCACCCUUUCUGUAUUUUGCAAUUUAAAACAUUUCGGUUGUUUUGAAUCCUGUGAAUGUGGCUUGAUGCUAAGAUUCCUCUGGCAAAAAAAAAAAAAAAAAAAAGAUUCCUCUGGCAGCUGGCAGUCGGGGGGCUGGGGACACGGGAGCCCCUGCUGGCAGUGGUGGACUCUGCGAGUCCCCGGCUCCUCCCACCCGAUGGUCCCCGUCUCAGUUUGCUUUUGUUUUAAGGAGGAUAUCCUGGAGUAAAUUUUAGGUUACUGUAGCGACUUUGUUUUAGAGGAAUUUUGUUUAAAAGAAAAUAGGACCAUUCUGAACUUUGCAAUGACCCCCUUAUGACAUUUUCUGAAAACGAAAACCAUCAGCUAUGUGAAAAGAUUUUUCAAUGAAGAUGUCAGCGUUUUUGUGAAAAAACCAGAAGUUAUUAGAUGAAAGCAGUCAUUGAAUCUUUCCAAUAUACUUGAUCAUGCACAAUGAGUAUUUUUCUCUCUUAAACUGGAAAUAAAUCUAUGUCUGUUAGAAGCAGUAUAGCCAAAAGAUGUGAAUCUGAAGAAUUUCGUUGCCAAUAUUUCCUAGCAAGUAUGUGAACCAAAGUCAUUUGAGUUUGUGAAAAUGUUAAAUAGUAUGAGCAAAAUUUGCACUAUACCAGAUUGGAACAUCUAGUGAGAUUCACAUUCAUACUAAGUUUUCAGCAUUGUGUUCUUUUGAAUUCAUUUUUUUACUUUUAUUAAAGGUUCAAAACCAA